AUGCCUACAGAUUCGGAAAGUGACUGCGACCUAGUGUCGAAGGAGUGGCUUUUAGCCAAAUUGCGAUCAGAUGAAAGAGAUACUAUUUUAAUAGAUUGUCGAGGAUCGAACGAGUAUUCUGUAUCUCAUAUACGUUCAGCAGUAAAUUUCUCAAUACCAAGUAUAAUGCUGCGAAGAUUAGCUGCUGGCAAAAUCGAACUGGCAUCAACUGUUCAGUGUAAGGAGCUAAAAGCGCGGAUUACCCACUGUUGUUCCCGGGGCACUUUUGUAUUGUAUAGUGAUGGUGCCCCGCGGGAUCCAGAUUCUGUUCAUGGCAUCCUGCUGAAGCGUCUCAAGCAAGAUGGCGUGCAGGUCGUCUGUCUAGAAGGAGAUUUCGCAGAGUUCCGCCGAGCCUACCCUGAGUGGUGCAGUGAGGCUAGUGCGCAGCACGUGCCACAUUUGCCGCUAAUGGGACUACGAUCGCUCCGUAUAUCCGGCUCGGGCUGCGAUGACGCGCUGUCGUCCGGUUCGUCAUCCGAGUGUGAGGACGCACACACUCACGUGCAGCAGGAAUUUCCCAUCGAAAUUCUGCCAAAUCUUUACCUUGGCAAUUCAACCAACAGCGAAGACUGCGAGGCUCUCGCUAGGCACAAUAUUAAGUAUGUGUUGAACGUAACGCCCGAUCUGCCCAAUACGUUCGAGGCGGAAGGCUGCGGCAUCAAUUACCUGAAGAUUCCCAUCGCUGACCACUGGAGCCAGAACCUAGCUGUUCAUUUCCCGCAGGCUAUACGAUUUAUUGAGGAGGCCAUGUCGGCCCGGUGCGGCGUGCUGGUGCACUGCGUGGCGGGCGUGUCGCGCUCCGUGACGGUGACGCUGGCGUACCUCAUGCAGCGCCACCGCCUGUGCCUGCGCGACGCCUUCGAGCUCGUGCGCAGCCGCAAGACCGACAUCGCGCCCAACUUCCACUUCAUGCGCCAGCUGCACUCCUUCGAGCGCGACCUCGGCCUGCACGAGCGCAGCGCCAGCCUGCCCAAGGUGCUGGCGGAGCUGGGCGUGCGCGCGCGCGCCUGCGCCGCCUGCGGCUGUGCGCCGCCGCCCUGCGCGCUCUGCGGCGUGUCGCCCGACUCCGGCAUCGAGUUCGACCGCUGGACCACGCCGCAA